AUGGGCAAGUCACAAUCGAAGCUUUCGCCCUCGCAGCUCGACGAGCUACAGAAAGCAACCCACUUCGACAAGAAGGAGCUCCAGCAAUGGUAUAAGGGAUUCCUGAAGGACUGCCCGUCGGGCACUUUGACCAAGGAGGAGUUCCAGAAGAUCUAUCGGCAAUUCUUCCCCUUCGGCGACCCGUCAUCCUUCGCCAAUUAUGUGUUUCGGGUAUUCGAUUCGGAUAACAGCGGCAUGAUUGAUUUUAAGGAGUUCAUUUGCGCGCUGUCGGUCACUUCGCGAGGCAAGAUGGAGGACAAGCUGGACUGGGCAUUCCAACUGUACGAUAUCGAUGGGGACGGCAAGAUUACUUACGACGAGAUGCUGGCCAUCGUUGAGGCGAUUUACAAAAUGGUCGGGUCGAUGGUGAAGCUUCCAGAGGACGAAGACACACCGGAGAAGCGAGUGCGCAAAAUCUUCCGAAUGAUGGACAAGGACGAGAACGGCAGCUUGGAUAUCGAAGAGUUCAAGGAGGGCAGCAAGCGUGACGAGACCAUUGUCAGCGCCUUGUCACUGUACGAUGGAUUGGUAUAG